AUAAAAUCCACAGAAAAAGAAGAUACACAGUCCGCGACUCAUAGAAACGGUGGCUUUGCAGUGUAUGGAUAUAGCACAUUUUUGUACAGCCCAUUGAAACGAAAUAUAUAGUAUUGUAAAUUAAUUUUGUAUCCCCAAGGAGAAAGCUAUCACAUCUACAACAAGACAUGCAUCCGGCGACUGCUAAGUGGUAUGACAGGCGGGACUCCGUCUACAUCGAGUUCUGCGUAGCGGACAGCAAGGAUGUCAAGAUCAGUUUCGAGGAAGCAAAGUUUGUUUUCAGUUGUCUUGGAGGAACUGAUCAAGUCAAACAUGAGAACGAAGUAGACCUUUUCGAAGGCAUUGAUCAAAAUGAAUCCAUACACAAACGCACAGAUCGGUCAGUGUUGUGCUGUUUAAGAAAAGCUGAACCUGGGAAAGCCUGGCCUAGGCUAACGAAAGAGAAGGCUAAGUUAACUUGGCUCAGCGUCGACUUUAACAACUGGAAGGACUGGGAGGGCGACUCAGACGAGGAACUAGGCAACUUCGAUAAUUUCCCAGAGGGGGGAGACGGGGAUAUGGCAUUCAACACACAAGAAGCGAUGGCUAAAAUGAUGAACAACAUGGGAGGGGAAGACUGCUUACCUGAUCUAGAUGAUGUUGAUGAUGACGAGUCUGCAGAUAGUGACGAUGAAAAAAUGCCUGAUUUGGAAUAAAAGGCCUCAAAAUCCAGCAAGUCGGGAUGGAAGGCAGGAGGAAUCAUCAAGACUAUCUUGAAAUAGAAGGCAGUGGGUAAAAACACUGUACAUGAGUCAGUAGCCAUAUUUAAAUCCAGAGCUCUUCUCCAAUCAGUCCACUGAAGGUUAAUAUCUAUAGUGUUGUACGGAGCAGCAGUCUCCACUUCCAUUUGCAGUGCUGCACUCUUGGCAUAUCCUGUUUUACUAUUAAUUGUUACAAGUAAGCAUUCAUGAUUUGUUCUGAAGUACUGUAUAGUAAUCAUCCUCAACCUAGAAAACAAUACAUGUGAAGACAUUUAUGAGCAGUUGACUAAUGUUAAGAAGUGUAAUUAAACGGACAAAUGUUUUACA